AGUAUCUCUGAAGAUUUUUACAUUACCGUAAAUGAUCGUCUUUAGAUAUUGAUGCCAAUCUUGAAUGAUCUUUGACCCCAGAUAAGGUAACUUCCAAGCCCAUCUCUCAAUUCUUCCUACUCCAUUUUCGCUCUCCGUUUCUCACAAGCCAAACACUGGAGUUAAGCCUCAAGAUUUCAGGUCCUAACAAUCUGUGGAGAGAGUCGUUUGAAGACAGCCCAAAACUCUCAAGACAAGGCUUGAAAUCAUCCAAGUAACCUCCCAAUAAAGAGUAGAGUUCAAGAAACAAGAAUAGGACAGCACAUGUUUCCUUGACGUCCAAUAUUCUAUUAUAUUCAGUAAUCCUAACUGAAAUCUCUAGUUGCAUUUUUCAAGCAAUAAUAUAUAUAAUCUUUAAAGCCAUGACUAAUUGUCACCCCUUUUCUAGCUUUGCCACAUCAUUCUCUUUGCUUCACCCUUCCUAUACCCUCGUAUGAGGAGAAGGAUCCUAUUCCUUGUCAAGGCAUGACUUACUGCAUAUCGUUCUCCUAUCCCAUCAUCACCCCCUUCCUCCUUCCAUCCUUCACAGCCAUGGAAGACUGUAGCAUGCUUGCUGCCGAUUGUGUUGUCAUAUCCUGCUGCUGCCAGUGCUUGAUACUACAAAUCAUCUUCAUCUUGCUAAAACUUCCUUGCAAACUCAUUCGAAAGGCUAAAGAAUAUGCAAAGAAGAAACUUGGAACUCUGUAUAGAAAGCAAGCAGAGAGGAGAACAGAAUCAGUGAAGGUUAGAUUUCAGGAUGACUCUGUGGAAUUCCAUGAAGGGUCGAUAAAAAUUCAAAUAGAAGAGUUGAAUGGAAGCCAUGGUCUUGGGAGUUGUAUGGAGGAAGUUGAGAGGGUGAUAGGAGAUUUCUCCCAAAAGGGAGAGUUUGCAUUUGGAAGCUUCUGGGGUAGGGGCAAAGGCAAGGAUUAGAAGCCUCCUUAACAUGUGUAGCUAAACAGGAAUUUGAUUUAAGCCUUGUACAGUUUGAAUUAGUUGAACUAAUCGAUUCUUUCGGAUACUCAAAUUAAUCUAGCCAAAUACCAAGUGCUAUUGCCAACUUAUUUGAUUAGAAAUGUGAUUUAGGUUUUAGCCAAAAAUAUUCGUCUGGAUGCUGUUGUUUUUGUAGGCAUCUGAGCAAAUGGGGAUAAAUAUAAAUGUCUGUCUUAACAUGUCACUAUCUUGAAAGUAUUCAACUUUU